UCCUUCCCAGCUGUAAAGCACACGCUAGUCGUAGCCGGAGUUGAAAGUGAAGAAAUGUCGUUUUGUUCAUUUUCCCGUGGAGAAGUUUUUAAAAACCACUUUAAACCAGGAAUUUACGUUUGCGCCAAGUGUGAAAACCAGCUUUUCUCGAGCCACUCAAAGUAUGAGCACUCCUCUCCCUGGCCGGCCUUCACUGAGACUGUACAUGAGGACAGUGUGUCCAAACAUAAGGAGAGACCAAACGCUUACAAGGUGCGGUGUGGGAAGUGUGAAAAUGGACUGGGCCACGAGUUCGUGAAUGACGGGCCAGGCAAAGGGUUGUCCCGCUUCUGAAUAUUCAGCAGCUCACUGAAGUUCGUCCCUAAAGAUAAGGUUGAUGGACAGUAGAGUGAGCUGGAAGGAGGACGUGUUGUUGGACCUGUAGACGUUUCUUAGUGCUGCUCUCAGUGCGGUCAGUGUAUGAGGAGUUCUGGGACAAAGCCCAGUCUGGGAGCACCAGACCUCUGAUGGAUGGUGGCUUCACUGGACAGUCAAAAUAGACUGGUCUUGGCAUCAACUAUUUAUGCAAUCAAUACCUACUUAUUGAACAGCUAAGUGCAGGAAAAAAAAAAUACAAAUAAAUUGUAUUUUCAUUAAAUAUACUAUUUUUAAUAGCAAUAAUAUCACAGUUGGCUGCCACUUUUUGCAGUACACCUGAUGAGCUUUAUGUAAAUGGUACACAAUAAUAAUAAUAAUAACUUUGAUUUAUAAAGUGCCUUUCAUGAAACCCAAGGUCGCUGUACAAGUAGAAACAAAUCCACAUGACUGAAAUGCAAAGAACUGCAAUGAAUAUAAAAUAAAAACUUUUUUCUCUUUA